UAUUUCACGUAGAAUAUAGGAAAAAUAAUAUAUUAGGGAAUAGCAUUUUCAGUAAUAGAUUUAAAUGUAAAAGUCUUAACUUAAUUGUGUGUUGUAUAACAUAAUUGUGUAGUUAUGGCAACUGCUGUAACGGAAACAGCAAUGGAAACUAAAGUAGAUACUGGACAUAGGGAAAUGGAAGUUAAUAACUUAUUUGCACCUCAAAAUGAUGUUUUUGACAUUGAUGACGAUGACCUGUCAAUAACACUGAGAAAAGAUGUUCUUGUGAGUCCUAAUGAUGAUGAAUACGAUCAACUCAUAAGACAAUUGAGUCAAAGGAUAGCGGAAAACCAAGGAGAAUGUGUUUAUGCUAUCGGAGAAAGUGAGGAUGAUACUGAAAGUGGAUUGAAUAGCGAAGAGCUUGAGCAUUCAAAAAUAACUCUGGUUAGUAUGGCCGCAACAAAUGAAUGUGAUUGCACAUUUUUACGAGAACGUCCUGCUAGCGAAGGAAAAGUGCAUGAGUUUUUAAUUCGAAGGCAACAUGACGAGACUGAUUUUUUAGAAGUCAAAGUUGCAGUUGUUGGGAAUGUAGAUGCAGGAAAAUCAACACUACUUGGGGUUCUAACGCACAAUGAACUUGAUAAUGGUAGGGGCCAUGCUCGACAGAAGCUUUUCAGACAUAAACAUGAAGCAGAAUCAGGAAGAACCAGUAGCGUAGGGAACGAAAUUCUAGGAUUUGAUAGCGGUGGAGCGGUCGUCAAUAAACCUGACAGUCAUGGUGGACAUAUUGAUUGGAGCAUGAUUUGCCGACAGUCAUCCAAAGUUAUUACAUUCGUUGAUCUCGCUGGACACGAGAGAUAUUUAAAAACCACUGUGUUUGGGAUGACCGGUCAUCUACCAGACUUUUGUAUGUUGAUGAUUGGAAGCAAUGCUGGUAUUGUGGGAAUGACUAAAGAACAUCUGGGCCUUGCUCUAGCACUCAACGUACCUGUCUUUGUUGUCGUUACUAAAAUAGAUAUGUGUCCACCUAAUGUGUUACAGGAAACUUUGAAACUACUUGUUAAAAUAUUGAAAUCACCUGGAUGUCGAAAAAUUCCUGUUCUUGUUUCUAAUAAAGACGAUGUGAUUGUUACAGCGACAAAUUUUACUUCCGAAAGGGUUUGUCCUAUAUUUCAAAUCAGCAACGUCACAGGAUUAAAUUUAGAUCUCCUCAAAAUGUUUUUAAAUUUGUUAAAUUGUCGGACGAAAUUCAACGAAAAAGAAAAACCAGAAUUAUUAAUUGAUGACACUUUUUCUGUACCAGGUGUUGGCACUGUCGUAUCAGGAACGGUUCUCCAAGGUUUGAUUAGAGCAGGAGAAACAUUACUACUGGGUCCUGAUGCUCUCGGUAAAUUCGAACCAAUCCAGAUUAAAAGCAUACAUCGAAAACGAAUGGCUGUACGAGAAGUACGUGCUGGACAAUCUGCCGCACUUGCACUUAAAAAGAUCAAAAGGGCGAACAUUCGUAAAGGUAUGGUGAUGGUUGAUCUCAAGUCUAAUCCAAAAGCGGUCUGGGAAUUUCAUGGAGAUAUAUUGGUUUUACAUCAUCCAACAACGAUAAGCCCCAAAUAUCAAGCAAUGGUUCACUGUGGAAGCAUAAGACAAACUGCCACUAUACUACGAAUGAAUCACGAUCAUUUACGGACAGGAGAUAAAGCUUCUGUCAGUUUUAGAUUUCUUAAAAAUCCAGAAUUUCUUAGAGUUGGACAAAGAUUCGUUUUCAGAGAAGGAAGAACAAAAGCAGUGGGAACAAUAAACGAGCUUGUGUUUGAUGCGCCAGCAUAUCAAAGUCACCUAAAAGCAUCAAAAAACGCACGACAGAUGGCUCUACAUCGUCAUUUUCAACUGCCAUCUACAUCUUCAACCAAUCGCACAACACAUUCCGCGACCGGUCGAACGUCGCCAACAGUUGCCGAGCAACAACAACAAGGUUAUCAGAAAAACCCUGAACAACGAAUGGCAGGUCGGCGGAGAGGUGGAAAGAAGCAAUAUGACAAGCGGGCAGAUGAUGCCGAAAUAGUUGAAACAGUAAUUUCAGAAUCUGAUGUAACCAAAUAACUUUGAAAAAAAUAGUUUUUUUGUCCGUACCCAUUUAUGUCAGGUUUAUAUUUUAAGGUUCUUUUAUGCUAAUCAUUCAAUAUUCUAUUCAAAAUGAUAUACUAUUUCAGGUUUCAAAAAAGUAUAUUUCAAUGUACCGUAAUUAUUUUGUCACAAAGGUAGAAUCCAACACACAACGUUUCUGCCACUCAUGUAUUGUCCUUUUUGUCGGUUGUUUCCUGGGUGCUGACACUAUUUACUCGCUCUACCUAGAAUUACGAAUCAUUAUUAGCGUACAGAUUUAGUUAUUUAGAUUUCUUUGUGAAAAUUGAUUGAAAACACGUAUUCUUCUAUUGGUGAUAGGCCAAUAAGUUUUUAAAAUUUUCUUGUCUUUUGCGCAUCGUGCUCAAAUGUUCUUUCUUCGUGUCGUGAAUACAAAAUAAAGGUAUAUGUUUCAAAA